AAACAGCAGUACUGCCGAAGAUAACUCAACUCCUCAAUUCCAUGUCUAGGCUCGUAUAUAAUCAUUGCUUGGCAGUUAAACUUAACCUAUGGACUCAAACCGCUAAUAUCACGUCGACAAGAUGCAUGUCCAACAGCAUCAGUAUCAAUUAAUUGAUAACGUUCAGAAAACUCUCCGGAAAUAUGAUUCGGAGCUCAAGAACAUUAACCACAAAAUCUGGUCCAACCCUGAACUGGGUUACAAAGAAUACAAGGCUCAUAACCAUAUCUGCGAGUUAUUUGAAAGCCUCAGAUCCGAAGGAUAUCAAGUUCGGCGCAGUGCGUAUGGCUUAGAAACCGCCUUGGAGGUUGAAUACACCCGUGGCUCCGGAGGACGUGUAGUCGUCUUCAACGCUGAAUACGACGCACUCCCGGGGAUCGGCCAUGCCUGCGGACAUAAUUUGAUUGCGACCGCAUCAAUCGCGGCCUUCAUUGCUACCUGUGAGGCGUUAAAAGCUCAAUAUCCUGACGGACCAGGCUGUACCGUCCGUCUCUUGGGCACGCCCGCCGAAGAAUCCGGCGGUGGUAAAGUGCGCUUGUUGGAUAACGGAGCAUACAAGGAUGUAGAUGCAUGCCUCAUGGUGCAUCCUAUGCCCAUAGCCCCCGAGGAUCCGGAGCUCCUGAGCAUCGCCACCGUAGUCCCCGGCGGGUUCCUUGCCAAUGACAAAGUUACUGUGACCUUUACUGGUAAACCGGCACAUGCCGCCGCGGCUCCGUGGGAAGGCAUUAAUGCUCUGGAUGCCGUAGUCGCUGCCUAUGUCAAUAUCUCCCUCCUUCGGCAACAGAUCAUGCCCAGCCAGAGAAUCCAUGGGGUCAUUGCGAACGGGGGCGAUCGUCCGAAUAUAAUCCCCAUGUCUGCAUCUGUGGAUUACUACAUCCGAUCGCCCACCAUCAAAUCAUUGAAACCGUUGACAGAGAAGGUUGUCAAGUGCUUUGAAGCCGCUGCCAUGGCUACUGGGUGCAAGGUUGAGUUUGAUUGGGGCAUCUCAUAUGCCGAUUUGAAGACUAAUACGCCUAUUUGCGAGAACUACGUUACCGUCAUGCGGGCAAUGGGCCAUCAUACGCUGUUCGAUAAUUUAGGGAAGAGUGGCAUUCUGGCUGGAGCGUCUACCGAUAUGGGUUCGUAUAAUGAUGGCCACCUGCCAGUUCGGUCGACCUGGACACUUACAUUAUCCUGCAUAGGGAACGUUACUUAUGCCAUCCCCGGGUUUCAUGGCAUGUUCACCAUCCCAGCGGAUGGUGUUAAUCAUACGCUCCAGUUUACCAACGGUGCCGGAUCACCCCAGGGGUAUCAACGUAGUCUUGCUUGUGCCGCCGGCAUGGCUGUGGUUGCAUGUCAAAUCUUGGUAGAUGACAAUCUUGCCGAGAAAGUUAAGAAGGACUUUGAGAGAGACUCGUAGGUCACAUUACUGAGGGGAGAAGAUGUAGUUAUCGAUAGCGUCAGACUUUCCCUAAUAGUAUCCCGUUUUUUAUCCUAUGCUAUCUCU